ACUAUAGAGGCUUAAGACACGUGCGUUUCGUUACUUGCUUAGUUCCAUUCACAUAAUUGGUUUGUUUAAAUAAAUAAAUAUGGAAAAAGGUGUACCACCGGAUCUUCAGAAAUGGUUCAGGAAAUGCUUGAAAAAGGAGUUCGGCAAGACCAUACAGAGCGCUAUAGACGAGGAACAGGAACCCAGCGACGUAGCUGACAAUCUCAAGUACUCGAAAGACAUGACCACUUUGUUGGAUUUUAUGAAAAAAGUGAUAGCCGAACAAUACCUAGCAAUAAAGCCCUCAUCUGCAGCCUCGCAAUCACAGUCGUCGCUCUCCUUCGCCAGCGAUUUCACGGCGGACGAUUGGGUUUCUCCGCAAGAAAACGGGGAGGAGUGCGAUUAUAUCAUCGACAAGAUCAGUCGCGACAAGCCGGUUCACGUGAGACUGGCCGGCUACGAAAUUUUAUUGAAAAUUGAAUUGUCCAACAUGAACAACAAUUCUCAAUGGGAUAAGCUCCAGAGUACGCUGCUGGACGGUCUCAUGGACGAGAGCAGAGCGAUAUUCGAAGCCAGCAUGCAGGUACACGCGAAGUUACUGAACUGCCCACCUCUGCGCAGCAUCUAUAGCAAUCUGUUGAACGCGUUCAACACGCAACACCAUGCGCAGCAAACGCGCGAGACUCUGCCCACUUUGAUCUCUGGAAUUAACUUCAAGUUCUUCCUGCACGAGAAACUGUUCUGCACGAUGCAUCUGAUAAUCCGCUAUCAGGAGGAAAUGUUGAAGAACAGUAGACAGAGCGACAAGAUUAUGGAGGAAAUUGUAGAGCAAUUUGUGGCGCUCCUCGGUACGCACAGCUUCGGCAACACGCUGCAACCUAAAACCUUGAACAUACUGCACAUCAUUUCAGUGUUGGAGCCGCAAGCGAAGUGGAGCAAGAGAUGGCUGCACAGUCUCUCUACCAGGAGAACUUUCAUCGCCGCUCUGACCAAGUCGCCAAUAUUGCUGCAAAAUGCCGUCGAGUGCGUGAACAGCGGUUUAAAAGAAACACCCUGCUCGUUAUCCGCGUUCAUCGUGGACGACGGCAAUGAGCUGUGUAUCCCCGGGAACACGAUAGAGACGGCGACUUAUCUGCACUGUUUGGUCCUCAUUUCGCAGCUCUGUAGCUACGAGGCAAGCAGAACAUUGUUCACAGAGAGUUUGUUGCAGACGCCGUUUGUUAUCGCCGAUUUCCUGAUAGAACUGUCGAAGUCCUUGAAUAAGUUGGCCGUAGACGCGCCCAGCGGGGUGUACGUGACUCUCCGCAUGGCUCUGAAAAAUGCACUAAAUAUAUCAGAAGUGUUAUACAACACUGAAUUUUAUCACACUGCAUUAUGCCACUUGACGUCUCUUCCCGAAAACAAUAUAAAGAUUUGGCCACACACGUUAGACAUCAUCUCUCACAUGAUUGACACGACCGAAGGUCCAACAUUUUUGAUUACAAGUUGUAAAGAGCAUUCAACGAACUCGGAAGACAAACCGUCAAAAUGUCCGGUCACAAUCAUAAUGCAAUACGCGUCGAAUUUGUUGAAGCAACCAUUUUCCAUAAUGGACAUGGAAUGCAUUCUCAACUCAUUCAGUCUUAUAGAAAAGUUAUUCAACAUUUACGACGUUUACGAAGCUGCGCAGGAACAGAUAGAGACACAGUUCUACCCGGCCGUCGCUAAUUUUUACAAAAAAUUAAACAAAUGCAGCGCCGAGAACGAGAAUAAGGUUCAGCAACUCGACAGUGCUAUCAAAAAAAUUUUAUUGAAAAUGGUGUCGGUACCGCUUGGAGUGCAAGCGCUCGUCAACGAGAGGUUGGUGUUCGAGGAAUUGAUUCGCGGAUUGAUCGUUCCUCUGAGAGCGACCUGGAGCUCCACCGACAUAGUCAGCUUCAUUUCGUCGGCUGGUCAUUUCGAGCUGGGCUACAACGUGCUCGCGGAUCUCGCGCCCCACGUUCUGUCGACCUUGCUGUCGCAGACUUGCGCAAACGCGGAGGAUCCCAAACAAUUUGACGAUCCAUGGGAUAGAGAAAACAUCGACGAAUUUCUACAUAUACUCGCACUAUUUUCCCUCAAUUUCAAUUGUUUCGCCGCGUUUAUGAUAAAGGACGGCGAAUCAGAUAACGACGAGGGAAAAGAUUAUCCUUCGAAUUUGUCCGAAUUAUUGCAAACUGCGAUAAAUGAAGAUUCAAGCUACCAUCAUUUAGGUCUUCUUUCGUUAAAUGCAGUAAUUUGGAAUCUAGAUAUUUACGCCUACCUAACGAAUUCGUUGAACUUCCAGAAAGCGUUGUUAGAUAUCCAGAAGGAGAGCACGAUUCUGAUCGAAGCUCGCAAGGAGCAAUCCGACGAUGAAACUGACUACGAGCGGACGGAGUAUGAUGAUGAGGAUAAGCCAGAGCCGAGAAAAGAGUACAUAAUAGACGAUUCUAGUUAUCUGAGACACAACAUUUUAUUGAAAUCAUACUACAUGACGCACAAAAGGAAGCAGUACCCUGUGAUACCCUUGGAAGACUAUGAACUGUUUCGGAAUUUCCGCCUCCCAGGAUGCGAAGACAUGAUAGAUCCGCCAACCGUGGAAUACGAUUCAGAGUUAGAGGAUAUGCUGCAAGAGGAGAGGCCCGGCUUGUUAGACAUCAGUUGGGUGUCGCAAGUUAGGGCGGCUCAUAAAGCCUCACGGUGUCCAAUAAAGAAUUCAGUGAUGACGAAUUUAUUGAAUCAAAUGCAUAAGGCGAUUCCAACUGCGGAAUGGGUAGAACAAUUUGGAUGGCAAGAGAAUAUAACAUACGACGCGGAUUAUUGGCUCCCGGAAGACGCGCAUGCAAUUAAUGUUGUUCUGAAUUACGCCGAACAACGGCAGGUUUUAAAGAAUACCGACGACAGCAAGAAAAAUUUGAAACAAUUUAUUCAUUCUGCCUACAUACUUAUACAGUACAACAAACCAAGUAGAUUCGAAGGUUUUGAUUGGUUUUUGGGAACAGUAUUCAUUGUCUGCGAUGGAGAUCUGAAUAAAUGUAGGACGUUCAUUAUGCAAUUGAUUCAAUUUCCAUCGACACUGCUUCUCUGGCCAAAAUUGGGCAAAGUUAUCGACGAAAAAAAUAACGAGAGCACCAGUUCGCAAUUCACUUUUAUGCAAGUUUUAGAAGCCAUGGUGAAUAUUGAGCUUCCGAACAUUAAAUAUGGAUUGAAGGAUGUCUACGGUGUGAAUUGGUGGAUGAUAUUCAAUAGAAUGCUAUCGCAAUGUUUCUGGGGCAUUCUUCCAUGGAGUGAAGUAGUCCACUUUUUUGCAAUUUGCAUUCUAUACCCGCCCGAUUAUAUGGUGUAUUAUAGCGUAUCACUUUUGCAAUGCUAUCAGGAAACAUUGCUGCGAGACUUAACGAAUACGAAAAUGUGGCCGGAAAAUAUGAUGUUGGACGAAUAUCGAUGUCAUAGUUAUAUUUCAUACAUGGAUAAUUUAGGUCAACGAUAUAGAAAUAGGAUUUUGCCGGCAAUGACUAAAAAUCUGAAUUCAGAAGAUGAAAUAUAAAUGUACAUAAUGUAUUAUCUAAGGAUAAAAAAGCAAGAAAGAAAAAAUAAUCGUCUUUAGCGAUAAAAAAAUCAC